AUGGCAUCACCUCCACCAUCAAAUGCCCUGACCAAGCGGCCAGAUGGCCAGCUGAUGCCACCCCCUCCAGCCCCAAAACGAAUCAAACGCCCCGCAACCGUCCUCGACGAAGAUGUCUACACCAACGCUCUCUCACACAUCAUCGCCCGCGAUUUCUUCCCCGGUCUGCUGGAAACCCAAGCCAAGCAAGAGUAUCUGGAUGCGCUAGACUCCAAGGAUAAAGCAUGGAUUACCAGCUCCAAAAAACGGCUUGCAGAUGUUAUGCGCACCCCGACACCGGGCUCGAAUGCGCGACGGAAAAUAGAUCCGGGUUCUGUGGCGGGCACGCCGAUGCAUUUCCCGGCAGGUGGCUCCGAUGAGACUCCUCGCGGAUGGGGAGGAUACCCCCAUAUUCCCGACGUCUCGAACAUGGGUCUGAUGGCGUUCCACAGCAAGUACACCAGUGAAGACAACGAAUCCUUCAACAAGGUCCUCGAUAAGCAAAACACAAAGAAGCGGGAGAAAUACGCUUUCCUCUGGAAUAAUAAUAAGAUUCCCUCCGCUCGUCAAAUCGCCCAUCACCAGCAAGAAGUCAAGCGCAUUACCGCACAAGGUGGCAAACCCGAAACUAGUCUCGUUAAGCGGGAUGAUUCCGAGGUUGCCAUUAAAACAGACCUUGACGCACGACCUGCACGACCUGAUGCAUGGAAAUCCCGCCCGGACAACGGCCUUAUGUUCCUCCCAUCUUCGAUCGAGGAUACCCACGCGACGCUGCAACAACAAGCAGAGGCAGCCUCACGCGCAGCCCCAAAGCGAACACUCUACCAAAACACACGACUGCUCGAUGUAGACGCCGCCGCCGCUGCAGACGCUACAUCCUCCGUCCCAGACUCCCCUUCAAUCUCCGCAAUCCAAGACGCCAUCGCCGGUCGACCGCGCUUCAGUGAAUCAGAAGCCUCCGCAGUUCCAGGCGGCGAGACUCCCCGCGUCAACGGCUACGCCUUCGUUGACGAAGACGAACCCGAACUCGAACCCGCACCCGCAGACCCCCUCGAAGCAGAUUGGCGUCUCCUCGGUCGCUCAUCAGAUACAACGCCUAAUCCAUUCCAACUCCGCGAAACUCGCAAGCGUGAGGCACUACACCACCGCAUGGUAGAUCGCGUCUCGCGCUCCAAACGCGCUGAAAAGGCUGCUCGUACAAUGAAAACACCUGUUACCGCGACACCGCGCUUUGCGAGUAGUCCCCGCGUGGACUUUGGACUGCGAGGUACACCCGGUGGUGCAGGACCUGGUGGUCAGGGUAAGAUGUUGACGCCUGCUGCGCAGAAAUUGUUGUCGCAGGUUGGUGGGAGUACGCCGCGGGGAACGUCUGGAUCUACGGGGAAGUCUGGAUUGGGGAAUAUGUGGACGCCAACGCCGCGGCAGAAGUAG